CCGUUCGGUUCCGCGAUCCUUCGAAAAACCCUCCUCCCCCUCGUGCUGUCGUCAUGGAACACAUCUUUUGAGAGAUAUCGUAGAUGUUACCUACCCAUCAUCCCGAGUUGACGAUUCUCGGGACACUCUUCAGCCAUAUACACUGCGCUAGUUCGGCACGGUCUGUCCUACAUGCAAUAUCCUCCCGUGUAUAUCUGCUGGCCGUCGGCGAUCGUCCGUUUGCAGGACCGCCAUCCAGGGAAACUGUCUGAUGGCGGGCAAGGACCAAAAUAGAUUAAUUUCCCGAGGGACAGACACCCAGUUCAUCACUGAGAGUGGUGGUUCGUCUUGCUACCCGGGUGAGGGGGGGGACAACCUUACUCCAACUCGGUUUCCAACCCCCCGGCCCCCCUGCCUGUUUCUUCGCCUUGACCUUGGACAUUCUCGGCAUUGAACGGCAUGGGCGGCAGGUGUGUGUUUGGUGGUCAGGUAGGUAGUAGGUAUGUGGGCUCAAUUAGAGAUUUUCCCGCAUGACUAUAUACAUAUAUACAUCAUCACGACACCUUUUUUCUUCUUGUCUUUUACCUUUUCACUUUGUCAUCAUUUUUAUUUCUUCUUUCGUUUAACUUCAACACCCUCUACUGUGAUAGACCCCUCUUCAACAGGGCACACCAUUUUCUUUUCGAUCAUUGCAGGUUAGGACAUCACAUGCCUACAUAACAGACAAGGAUGAUCACAGAUCAGAUAAUACACCUCCUGGUCCAGCACUGGCCUGCGGUUCUUGUCACGGUCGUUCUCGCCUGGCUGGUCAAGAACAGGUAUCACAAUGGACUGAACAAAUACCCGGGGCCGUUCCUGGCGUCGUUGACGGACUGGUGGAGGUUUUAUGAUGUCUACAGACGGAGACCAGAAAGGACGCAGAUUGAACUGCACAAAAAGUACGGGCCGGUGGUGAGGCUGGGGCCAAACACACUCUCGUUUGCGGACCCGGAGGCGUUGAAGACGAUUUACGGGUUGAAUAAGGGAUUUGUCAAGUCUGAUUUCUAUGUCGUUCAACAAUCAGUCGUCAAAGGGCACAGCCUCCCGUCCUUGUUCAGCACCACAGACAACGACUUCCACAUGCAGUUCCGCCGGUGCGUCAACGGGGCGUUUGCCAUGUCCCAGCUGGUGCAGUACGAGCCUUUUGUCGACAACACCACAAAGUUGUUCCUGAAGCAGACGGAGAAGCUGUACAUUGACACCCCAAAGGCCUGCGACUUCACGCAGUGGCUGCAGUUCUACGCGUUUGAUGUGAUUGGGGAGAUUACCUACAGCAAGAGGCACGGGUUCAUUGAGAGGAACGAGGAUGUGGAUGGGAUUGUGGCGUAUCUCACCAAGCUAUUCCUUUAUGUCGCUCCUAUCGGCCAAAUCCCCCUGUUGGACAAGCUCUUCCUCAAAAACCCCCUCUACCUCAAGCUGGGCGAAUGGGGCAUCCUCGACACCACCUUUCCCGUCGCCAAGUUCGCCCGCGCAAGGAUGGCGGAGCGGCUUCCCGAGCUGGAGUCGGCGUCACCUGAAACGAAACCUCUGCUGCCCACGUCGGAGAAGCCGCCGUUGGGAGUGAAAUCCCCUGACCUCCUGUCCAAGUUCUUGGCCGCCAGGGAGAACAGACCUGACUUCAUGACCGAUACGCUGGUUCAGACAAUGGCGGUGAGCAUGGCUUUUGCGGGCUCGGAGACGACGGCCAUUUCCCUGUCGGCGGUGUUUUACUUUUUGCACAAGACCCCGAGGGCGUUGGCGCGGUUGCUGAGGGAGAUUGAUGACGCUGCGAGGGAGGGGAGGUUUUCGGAUUACGAGACUGGACUGGUGACCUGGCACGAGAGCCAGACGCUGCCUUUCCUUGAUGCGUGCGUCAAGGAGGCUUUUAGGCUUCAUCCUGCGCCUGGGUUGCCGAUGGAGCGGAUCGUGCCCGAGCCGGGGCUUGAAAUUGCAGGACAUUGGGUGAGGGGUGGGACGAUUGUUGGGUGUAAUGCUUGGGUUUUGCACAGAGAUAAGAAAGUCUGGGGGGAGGAUGCGGAGGAGUUCAGGCCGGAGAGGUGGGUGGAUGAGACGGAUGGGGAGAGGUUGAAGGGAAUGAAUGGGUGCAUGCUGCAGUUUGGGAUGGGGAGUCGGACGUGUAUUGGGAAGAACAUCAGCUUGUUGGAGAUUUACAAGUUGGUACCGAGUAUGUUGAGGAGGUUUGAGAUUCGAUUUGAUGAUCCGAACUCGGAGUGGGAGAUUGUGAAUGCUUGGUUUGUGAAGCAGAAUAAUUUUAUCACGAGGUUUAAGUUGAGGGAGUUGGUGAAGCCCGAGGGGAAGGCUUGAGUUUGGGGUUGAUUGGAUUGUUUGGGGGUCGGCUUGGGUUUGGAAGGGGGGUGUAUAUGGUUAUGAUCAUGAAACAAAUACCACUUAUUCAAAAAUCA